AUGACUUCGUCUAUCUACGAAAAGUCCAUGUAUAUUUAUAACCUUCAAUGUUCACAAUCUAUCUACGAAAAAUUCACUCCCAUAUCUACAAUUGGAAAUGAUCCAUCCCAUAAGACAACAAUUUCAAAGAAACAGUCAAAUUAA